ACGACAACAUGGCGGUCCGUGAAGUUGUAAUAUGUUUAACGUUUUCUCUAUUGACACAAUUUGUGCAAAGUUAUACACCAAAACACCUAAUAAAUGAGUUCUACAUCACAGAUGAUCUGGGAUCAUGCCGUAAUUUGGGAGGAAAAUGUCAGAAUGACACAAAACAGUGCAUUGGUUCUUAUAUCACCGCUACCUGUACCGGGGGCGCCACACAGAAGUGCUGUCUUCCCAGAAUUCAAGUACAAGACACUGGAGAUUGUCAAGGCCUACCAAUAUUAUCACGUGAUACGUGGGGAGCGGCUCGUCCAAAACUCAUUGAGAAUUUGACGUUACCAAUGACCAUGUUCUUCAUACACCACACCGACACAGAAACAGACCAGUGCCACGACACGGAAUCCUGUUCUUCUGUUAUGAGAGCAAUUCAACGAUUUCACAUGGUCACCCGCGGUUGGGAAGACAUUGCUUACAGUUUUCUCAUUGGCGGCGAUGGUCAGGUCUACGAAGGCCGAGGUUGGGACCGCGUUGGAGCACAUACCUAUCGUUAUAAUUACGUGUCGCUGGCCGCAGCAUUCAUUGGGACAUUCAAUGAUACAAUGCCACCCACACCGGCAGUGGCAUCAGUUCGUAAACUUCUGAUGUGUGGCGUUAACAGGAACGCAAUCACAUCUACAUACAGUUUGUACGGUCAUCGUGACGUCAGGGCUACAACAUGCCCCGGCUACACGUUGUAUAAUGCGAUCAGGAAAUGGCCACACUAUAAUGUUACUACAGACAGAGAUGGUCCCUGCUUACAGAAAGGUGGCGUUUGUGGUCCUACAUAUCUUACCUGCCAAGGCACAUUUCACAAGGGUCUGUGUAAUGGUUAUUCAGGGCGACAGUGUUGUAUUCCAAAUCAACACGCACGUAUAAGCGAGCUACCUACAAUCCUAAAACAAAGUGCACCUGUCAGAAAGCUUCCAGCAAUCCCAUAUCAACUUGCACCCAUCAGCAAGCUACCAGCAUUUUUUAAAAGUCCAAGAAUAAAAAAGAUUAUAAAAUACGGAGGUUUCAAUUGUUUUGGAGAUUUCAUGCUUUUACGUCCGUCUGGAAGAAAGUCAGGAGGGGUACAGGAAUCGAGGAGGGAAUUGGAUGCUCAUUACAGUCUUGCUAACAAAUAUCAUGGGUGUUUUGCGCAAGUUGGAAAUGAAGUUUGUCUACAUCCAGCAGUCAUAGCGGGUGUUGCCAGCCGAGAAUCUAAUUUUGGAUUUUCACUUACACCUGAUGGAUGGGGCGACAAUCAUAAUGCUUAUGGUAUUAUGCAGUGCGAUGUUCGAAAAUGCCCCGUAUGUCGGUUUGGAGUUAAGUGCACAACAUACAGGUUUGAUAGUUGCGAUCACAUCAGAAUGAUGACUACAUAUGUACUAGUACCAAAUAUCAUGGCGGUCAAGAGCAAGUUUCCAAACUGGUUACCGCAGCAACACAUCCAAGGAGGAGUAGCUGCCUAUAACUUUGGGGUGAGUAAUGUCAGAUCCUGGGAAAAUCUUGAUGUUGGAACGACGGGCGGAGACUACAGUAAUGACGUCAUUGCGCGCGCACAAUGGCUUGUAUCGGCACAUGGCUGGUAAAACUAUGCCCAGAGUGUGACAGCUAAAGUGAAUGAUUUGUCAUCGAAAUCCGUAUUAUUAUCUUAAUAUCAAUUGAUGACAAAAUUGUUGUAACAUGUUAAAUAAUUUGAUAUUUC